UGCAUCUCACUGAAAAUAACACAUUGUGCAUCCUAUUAUGGUAUAAAACUGUAAAGAAUUGUCUGAAAGCAGUAGUAAAUGUUUUCAUUCCUCCUCUGUCACAUCUCAUGUGCAUGUAUCUAUGUAUAUGUGCAGAGUGUGUGUUUUACCCCUCUCAGUGUGUGUGUGUGUGUGUGUGUCCUUGUGUGUGUGAGUAUGUUAAUAUUGCAUGUCAGUUGCUUUAUUACAGUGUAAUGGAUGAGGUGGGAUCGAGGGUCCCUUGAGUGUCCCAGCCUGUAUAAAGCCUGCUUGGUGUUCCAGUCCUCUGUGUCCCAGACCCAGUCAGUGGUACCCUCAACCACACAGACACUCUGCUUCUCCAAGGACAGCUAACGGUCUGAGACUAAAGCAGGGGAUUUGAUGUGGUCAAAGUUCUACUCUAAACUGGACAUCAGACUGGUCAGUGAACAGUGGAACAGAAGACCAAUUGAUGGAAAUUGAACGUGGAGAAAUCUGAAGCAUUUCCCACCACUGGAGAUUCUGACUGUAACACAAACAGUAUGGAUGUUCCCCAGCUGUCUCACAGGUGUGCCCUCACGCUGCCCUGCUGUGCAGAAGCUGGUGGGGCCACCUGUGCCAAAGCCCCCCAGGUCACGGGGGUCACAGUUCAGCUGGAGAUGCACACGCUGUGGCAACAGUUUGACCAGCUGGGCACAGAGAUGAUCGUCACCAAGGCUGGGAGGAGGAUGUUCCCUACCUUCCAGGUGAGUAUCUCAGGGAUGGACCCUGCAGUGGAGUAUGUGCUGCUCAUGGACUUCAUCCCUGUGGAUGACAAGAGAUACAGAUAUGCGUUCCACAGCUCCUCGUGGCUGGUGGCAGGCCGGGCCGACGUGGCGGCCCCGGGGAGGAUGCACUUCCACCCAGACUCCCCCGCCAGAGGGUCCCAGUGGAUGAAACAGAUGGUCUCCUUCGACGCACUCAAACUGACCAACAACCUGCUGGAUGACAAUGGACAUAUGAUCUUGAACUCCAUGCAUCGUUACCAGCCUCGAUUCCAUGUGGUGUAUGUGGACCCACGGCGGGAUAGCCAGCUUCAUGCCCACCGCAACUUCUGCACUUUCUCCUUCCCUGAAACACGCUUCAUAGCCGUCACUGCCUACCAGAACCACAGGAUCACCCAGUUGAAGAUAGCCAGUAACCCGUUUGCCAAGGGCUUCCGAACUACUGAUCCUGACGCCUGGGUGGGCAGUGCCAGGCCCCUGCGUCACUCUCUGCCCACCUGGCAGCCACCGGAGGGCAGCCAUGAGCCUGGCAGUAUGUCGGGAGAGCAGCGAGCACAGAACCUAAAGAGUCUAUCAACGCAUUGUGAACUAGGCCACCACUGCAGGGAAGACAUCAGCUGUACCAGUGAGAGAAAGGAUGUGGAGAAUAAUAUUUUUCCACCCUUGACUUUCAUCCCCCUUCCCACUCUCUGGGAAUGUCCAGGUAUUUCAGAGAGACUGAACCUGGGAUGAGAGGAGGGAAUUUCUUACAUAGUUCCAUUACUAAAGAUCUUCCUACAGUAGCCCACAUUCUCCUUCAAUAUGUGAAUAUCUCUCUUCAUUAUUUCUCAAAGGAACCAAGUGAAAAUGUUCUAUUAUGAGCUCAAUCAUUUAGCCUAUUUUCUUUGAUUGUUUCAUCUUGGGCUGGUGAUUUUAGAUAUUAUUUUUUACACAAAACACACAAGGCAAUAUAGGGGGAUUAAUUGUUUAAAGUGGAAAAUAUUGUUAUUCAAAUGAUGUCAAU